AUUCUGAGUAGUCUUUAUUAUACCCUGUCAUGAUUUUCAAAACUGUUUUUUCUUUUUCUUUUUCUUUCAAUGAUAUAUAGAAGGUUCUUAAUAUUUCAGUUCUUAUAGGGUAAAUCAAAAUCACCAUGCAGAGGUGGAAGUGGAGCAGGAAAAAAGCCCCCAUUUUUCCUCUGCUUGUGUUUUUCUUACUGGUCUUCAUAGCAGUCUCAACCCUUCACAGUGGACACACCAUACAACGAAUCCAUGAAAACCCAGAUCAUGUUCACAAUCAUCAAGAAGCUUCUUCAGCCACCUAUGUCAAACCCAACCUUUCUGGUCACCUCAAGCGAGCUCCAGAGGUUUUGGAUAGAUUCAGUAGAUGCAACUCCACGGUAGAGUAUAGUGGCCGGAAAAUCUCUCGGCUUGGCGGUUCUCGGCGUUUCAGUCACCGGAGAGUGAGCCCUGAAAGCUGUGAUGUUUUCUCGGGAAAAUGGGUCUUUGAUAAUGCUUCAUAUCCACUGUACAAUGAGUCUGAUUGCCCUUAUAUGUCUGACCAAUUGGCAUGUCACAAGCAUGGACGUUCUGAUUUGGGGUACCAGCAUUGGAGAUGGCAACCACAUAACUGCAAUUUGAAGAGGUGGAAUGUGAAAGAAAUGUGGGAGAAGUUGAGAGGUAAAAGGCUAAUGUUUGUUGGAGAUUCACUAAACAGAGGGCAAUGGAUAUCUAUGGUAUGCUUGUUGCAAUCAGUAAUUCCAGCUGAUAAGAGAUCAAUGUCACCAAAUGCCCAUCUUACCAUUUUCAGAGCAGAGGAGUACAAUGCAACUGUGGAAUUCCUCUGGGCUCCUCUACUUGUUGAAUCUAAUUCUGAUGAUCCUGUAAAUCACAGAUUAGAUGAACGGAUAAUUCGUCCUGAUUCAGUUCUUAAGCAUGCAGCAAAGUGGAAGCAUGCUGAUAUACUAGUUUUUAACACAUACUUGUGGUGGAGACAAGGCCCAGUGAAGCUAUUAUGGACUGCUGAAGAAAAUGGAGCUUGUGAAGAAUUAGAAGGGCAAGAAGCCAUGGAGUUGGCCAUGGAAGCCUGGGCAGAUUGGGUAUCUUCUAAAGUUGAUCCCCUCAAGAAGCGUGUCUUUUUUGUGACCAUGUCCCCAACGCAUCUCUGGAGCAGAGAGUGGAAACCAGAAAGUGAGGGAAACUGUUAUGGGGAGAAGGACCCCAUUGAUUUUGAGGGCUAUUGGGGAAGUGGUUCUGAUUUGCCUACUAUGAGCAUUGUGGAGAACAUCCUAAGCAGUUUAAGUUCAAAAGUUUCUGUCAUCAACAUUACUCAACUGUCAGAGUACAGAAAAGACGGCCAUCCAUCCAUUUUUCGCAAAUUCUGGGAGCCCCUUCGACCUGAACAAUUGUCAAAUCCUCCAUCUUACUCUGAUUGCAUACAUUGGUGCUUGCCAGGGGUACCUGAUGUGUGGAAUGAGUUACUGUUCCAUUUUUUGUAAAAGCCAUCACAAUUUUUUCAAUUUUCUUUAUCAGAUAUGGUAACCAACCACUGCAUUUUGGAGAGUAGCAAAAAACUGCUGCUAUUAGUUGUUCGGACACAAGGGUGGACUGCUUUUGACAAGUGAAUGGAAUCUGCUGAAAAUUAAGAGAUCUUAAUGCUCA